AUGUCGGACCCCAGCUGCUGGACGGCGGCGGCGCCCGGGCCCCGGAGCCGCCUGGCCAAGGGCGCGCUGCUGCAGCGCUCCAAGAGCUGCCGCAGCGGAAGCCGCCGGAGCCUGGUGGUCGGAACGCCGUCGCCCACGCUGUCGCGGCCUCUGUCGCCGCUGUCGGUGCCCACAGGCGGUAGCCCCCUGGACAGUCCCCGGAACCUCUCCGCUGCUGGUGCCCUCGGCUUGCCCUUCGCCCGCAGGGCCGAUGGCAGGAGGUGGUCCCUCGCCUCUCUCCCGUCCUCCGGCUAUGGCACCAACACGCCCAGCUCCACCGUCUCGUCCAGCUCGUCCUCCCGGGAGCGGCUGCACCAGCUCCCGUUCCAGCCCACGCCCGAUGAGCUACACUUCCUGUCCAAGCACUUCCGGAGCUCGGAGAGCGUGGCCGACGACGAGGGCGGGCGCUCGCCCCGCCUGCGGCCCCGGUCCCGCAGCCUCAGCCCGGGCCGCGCCACCGGCUCCGUGGACAACGAGAUCGUGAUGAUGAACCACGUGUACCGGGAGCGCUUCCCCAAGGCCACAGCGCAGAUGGAGGGCCGCUUGCGGGAGUUCCUGGCGGCCGCGGCGCCCGGCGCCCGGCUGGCCCUGGCUGACGGCGUCCUGGGCUUCGUGCAGCACCAGAUCGCCGAGUUGGCGCGCGACUGCCUGGCCAAGUCGGCCGAGGCCCUGGUCACCUCCCGCUACUUCCUGGAGAUGCAGGACAAGCUGGAGAGGCUGCUGCAGGAGGCCCACGAGCGUUCGGACAGUGCGGACGUUGGCGUCAUCGUGCAGCUCGUGCGGAAGCUGCUCAUCAUCAUCGCGCGGCCGGCGCGGCUGCUGGAGUGCCUGGAGUUCGACCCUGAGGAGUUCUACCACCUGCUGGAGGCGGCCGAGGGUCAGGCUCGUGAGGGUCAGGGCGUCGGCGCGGACCUGCCCCGCUACAUCAUCGGGCAGCUGGGACUGACCAGGGACCCGCUGGAGGAGAUCCCGCCGCUGGGUCAGCUCCACGCCGGGGCACAGCCCCCAGCCUCCGAGUCGCCCGAGAGGCCAGCCCUGCUCGGCCCAUCCAGGAGGAAGCCAUGCGAGAGCGACUUUGAGACCAUCAAACUCAUCAGCAACGGGGCCUACGGCGCCGUGUACCUCGUGAGGCACCGCGAGUCGCGCCAGCGCUUCGCCCUCAAGAAGAUCAACAAGCAGAACCUGGCGCUGCGGAACCAGAUCCAGCAGGUGUUCGUGGAGCGCGACAUCCUCACGUUCGCCGAGAACCCGUUUGUCGUCGGCCUCUUCUGCUCCUUCGAGACGCGGCGCCACCUGUGCAUGGUGCUGGAGUACGUGGAAGGCGGCGACUGCGCCUCCCUACUCAAGCACAUGGGCCCGCUGCCCGUGGACAUGGCACGCAUGUACUUCGCCGAGACGGUGCUGGCGCUCGAGUACCUGCACAACUAUGGCAUCGUGCACCGGGACCUCAAGCCGGACAACCUCCUGAUCACCUCCCUGGGCCACAUCAAGCUCACGGACUUCGGCCUGUCCAAGAUCGGGCUCAUGAGCAUGGCCGCCAACCUCUAUGAGGGCCACAUCGAGAAGGAUGCCCGCGAGUUCGUGGACAAGCAGGUGUGCGGCACGCCCGAGUACAUUGCGCCCGAGGUCAUCUUCCGCCAGGGCUACGGGAAGCCGGUGGACUGGUGGGCCAUGGGCGUGGUGCUCUACGAGUUCCUGGUGGGCUGCGUGCCGUUCUUCGGGGACACUCCCGAGGAGCUGUUCGGCCAGGUGGUCAGCGACGAAAUCGUGUGGCCAGAGGGGGACGACGCCCUCCCGGCCGACGCCCAGGACCUCAUCACCCGGCUGCUGCGCCAGAGCCCGCUGGACCGGCUGGGCACAGGCGGUGCACACGAGGUGAAGGCGCAUGGCUUCUUCCGGGCCCUGGACUGGGCAGGGCUCCUGCGCCACAAGGCCGAGUUCGUCCCGCAGCUCGAGGCCGAGGACGACACCAGCUACUUCGACACGCGCUCGGAGCGGUACCGCCACCUGGGCUCGGACGAGGACACCAACGACGAGGAGUCGUCGGCCGAGAUCCCGCAGUUCUCGUCCUGCUCCCACCGCUUCAGCAAGGUCUACAGCAGCUCAGAGUUCCUGGCCGUGCAGCCUGGCCCCGGCUUCGCGGAGAGGAGCUUCAGCGAGGACCGGGAGGAGGCCGAGGGCGCGGGCGGCCGUCGGCUGAGCACUGACGUCCGCCUGCGGUCCUGGGCGCCCUCGGGUCCCUCCGGACACUCGCCUUCGUCCCAGCCCGAGCGCGGCCCCAGCCCGAGUGUCCCGAGCGCGGUCAGCGUGGAGGCCAUGCCCAAGUUUGCCUUCUCCUCGGAGGACGAGGGGCCGUGCGCGGCCCCCGGAGACCCAGCGCGGCCGGUCUUCGUGCUGGGCGAGCCGGAGCCCCCGCCGCCAGCCACGCCCUCCAGCCUCUCCGCCGACCCCACGGCGCUCAGCCACGCGCGCCUGCGCAGCAACAGCACCGGCACCCGGCACUCCACGCCGCGGGCCCUGGACACGGGCCGGGGCCGCCGCCCGGGGGGCCCGAGAGACAAGGCGGGGGGCAGCGCAGGCCGCGUGCCCAAGUCGGCGUCAGUGUCGGCCCUGUCGCUCAUCGUCACCGCAGACGACGGCACCGGCCCCCUGAGCCCGCUGUCCCCGCGCUCGCUGUCCUCCAACCCCUCCUCGCGCGACUCCUCGCCCAGCCGCGACCCCUGGCCCGUGUGCGGCAGCCCGCGGCCGCCCGUGGUCAUCCAGAGCUCGGGCAAGAAGUACGGCUUCAGCCUGCGGGCCAUCCGCGUCUACAUGGGCGACAGCGACGUCUACGCGGUGCACCACGUGGUCUGGAGCGUGGAGGAGGGGAGCCCCGCCCAGGAGGCGGGCCUUCGAGCCGGGGACCUGGUCACGCACGUCAACGGGGAGUCGGUGCUGGGCCUGGUGCACAGGGACGUGGUGGAGCUGCUGCUCAAGAGCGGCAACAAGAUCUCGCUGCGGACCACGGCGCUCGAGAACACGUCCAUCAAGGUGGGCCCCGCCCGGAAGAACGUGGCCAAGGGCCGCCUGGCACGGAGGGGCAAGCGGGGCCGGCGGCGCGAGACCCAGGACAGGCGGAAGUCGCUGUUUAAGAAGCUCUCGAAGCAGGCGUCCGUGCUGCAGACCAGCCGCAGCUUCUCCUCCGGCCUCCACCACUCGCUGUCGUCCAGCGAGAGCCUGCCCGGCUCGCCCACUCACAGCCUCUCCCCUAGCCCCACCACGCCCAGCCGCAGCCCCGCCCCGGACGCCGCAGCAGACAGCGCGUCCCCGCCCAGCGGCUCCCCGGGCUCCAGCAGCCCCGCGUCCCCGGGCGGCGGUCACACCCGGCCCAGCUCGCUGCACGGCCUGGCCGCCAAGCUGGGGCCGCCGCGCCACAAGGCCGGGCGCCGCAAGUCCACGAGCAGCAUCCCGCCGUCGCCGCUGGCCGGUCCGCCGCGCGCGCCCUCGCCGCUGCCCGGGCCCGCGCGCUCCCCGCGGCUGCUGCGCCGGGGCCAGUCGGCCGACAAGCUGGGCGCCGGCGAGCGGCCGGACUCGGAGCUCGUGGUCAUGCGGCGGCUGCACCUGUCCGAGCGCCGCGACUCCUUCAAGAAGCAGGAGGCGGUGCAGGAAGUGAGCUUCGACGAGCCCCCCGAGGAGCCCCCCGACGACCCCGAUGAGCCUCCCGACCGGCCCCCGCAGGAGGCGGCCGCGGUGCCGCGCAUCGCUGUGGAGGGCUCCCCCGGGCCCGCGGGGCGGCACUGAGUGGCCCCGGCCCGCGGCACCUGGGAGGCGGGAAGACACCGAGGAUCCCCAGACCCAGGCCCUGCGAUUAAUUUAUUACUUUUUUAUAAGCAAUAGGCAGGCUGCGCCCUCCCCCGCGCCGCUGGCCCCGCCCCGCACUUUGGAUGACGCCCUGUCUGUCCGCGCGAGCCCGUGUGUCCGCGCCCGCUGUGGCUUUAUCGCAUCCCGCGCCCGGGGCCCGAGGUGGGCGGGAGCCCGGGGGUCCCCGCCCCCACGCCCUGCUGCGCGGGCCGCCUUGAGGGUCUCAGCAGUGGUCAGGGGCAUGUGCAGGUGCGUCCCGGGCUGGGGCGGGGCCCGAGUGAUUGGCAACCCCCCCUUGAUGUGUCUGACUCGCUGUCCGGCGCGUGGCUCGGGGACCGGGGCUUUCCCACGCCCGAGCCUGGGCGCCCCCAUCCAGUCCGAGACAGAGCGCAGGGGCUCAGGGGCGGCUUGCGUGGCUUCUUCCCCGCGGCCGGCCAGGGGCACGGGUGGUCCCGCGGGUCAGCCAGGCCGUGGGGCGGGGUCGCGAGAGAGGAGGGUCCGAGUGCAGCCCCAGCCAGAGGGGGCCCGAGAGACGCUGCUGCCCGCCCCGCACCCCUCCGAGACCCACGCCCACCCAGCCCGUGCCUGGUGUUGGAGGUUAGACCCAGCUAUGCAUGAGACGCCGCCCCCCACCACGCCUGGAGCUGGCCGCGAAUAAAAGCCGCAUUUACA